AUGGCGACCGAGGAGAGCGCAAGCGCGUUGCGCUUCCGCGGCGCCAAGCAGGAGGAAUUCCUGGAUGACUCGGUGAAGAGGCAUGGGUUCCAAGAGACGAACUCUGGUCUGCGCUACAAGGUGAUCAAAAGUAAUCCGUCCGGAGAGAGGCCUGGUCCGAACAACCCCUGCAGGUGUCACUACAAGGGCACUCUUGUGGACGGCACGGAGUUUGAUUCCUCGUACCGCAGAGGAGAUCCUGUCAUCUUCAGGCCGUCUGAGGUGGUCCCGGGCUGGUCAGAAGCUUUGCAGCUCAUGCGAGCGGGCGAAAAGUGGGAGAUUAUUUUGCCGAGCCACCUCGCAUACGGUGAUCGAGGCGCUGGGCCCAUUCCUCCUGGUGCCGUCCUGGUGUUUGAGUUGGAGCUGUUGGAGGUCAAUGCCGAAGGCAGUGGGUCCCUUGGCAGUAUGGUUGCCUUGGGGGUCCUGCUUGCCGUGGGGCUCCUGGGCUUCUUGGCGGUGUGGCUGACCGGGACAAAGGCGCUUCCGCCGGGCCCCAUCGUCGCUGUCAGUCACGUCAAGCACGCAGCUGGCAAUCCGCAUGUGUUCAUGGAUGUGGAGGCCGGUGGGUCUGCUUUGGGCAGAAUUGAGUUUGAGCUCUUCAAGGAGGUGGCGCCGAUGACGGUAGAAAACUUCCGUGCUCUGGCGACCGGCGAAUCAGGGCCUGGUCUCGCCGGAUCCAUUCGUCACUUCAAGGGCUCACCCUUCCACAGGAUCAUCCCAGGUUUCAUGUGCCAGGGUGGCGACAUCACCCACGGCAAUGGAAGAGGAGGCGAAAGCAUCUAUGGCAAGACCUUCCGGGACGAGUGGGAGCACGGCCGCGUCCAACACACAGAGCCGGGUCUGCUGUCCAUGGCGAACCGGGGUCGGAACUCCAACGGCUCCCAGUUCUUCAUCACCCUGGCUGCCACCCCAUGGCUGGAUGACAAGCACGUGGUGUUUGGACGAGUUCUGUCGGGGAUGGACGUCGUCUUGGAGAUGGAGAAGCGUGGCUCCAGGUCUGACCCGAGGGUUUCACAGGAAUAG